AUGGCUACAGUUACAAGUCGUUUGCCGUCAGAAAUCUCAAAAGGAUUGGAACGUCCAAAAAGCUUCAGCAUUACUCCAAACUCAGAACGUCGAAAUCAACUUUUUGGAUGUCGUUUAUCAGCAGAUGGAGAUCAGUGUAAUUUAUGCAAGUCGCUCAUAUCAAUUCCAAGCGGAUCAAAGCUUAAUGACUGUCAGCAGUUAUCAUUUAACGUAAAACGUGAAGGAAGUACAAGCAGCUACAACGAAAACACGAAGUUAUUACGAGAUGUUUUAGCAACUCCGCCAUCAUCUCGAGGAAACACCUUGAAAACUUUGUGCAGCCUUGCGGAAGAAGCGGUAGACGAUGGAGGUUCGUCAGAAAAGCCCUUAGCUCUGAUACCUGAUAGUGAUAGAAAGAAAGAAGAAACUGAUAAAAUAAUUCUUGAAAGAAAUGUGGUUGUAAGGAAUAUGAAUUGUUUUCCUGAUACUUUUCCUGCAGACUGUUGCUUCUUAAAGCUAGGGAAUAUGACUUUUUCUGAGGAAGAGUGGUUGUCUUUUGUCCAGAAACUGAAUGUUCACUGUGCAAAAAUGGAUGUCGCUAGGAAGUCACAAUCUCUCAGCAAGUUAUCGGCUUAUUUUGAAUGCUGCUUCGCUUCAAGUGCAGAACGGCAGAAACGUAUUUUGCGCGCUUUCAUCAACAAGUCAAACAGAAAGAUUUUUUAUCCUUGCGGUUUGCAAGUGGGCUUUGUUGACAGAGAGUUUAAAACGCUCGAAUUGGGAUUAAGGCGUAGUGAUGUUAGCGCAAAAGGUCUUAAAGUCGAUUCAGAUAUCCUCACUUUUCCUCAGUGA